CGCGCCGGGCCCCUUUUGGGGGCGCACCGCGCGCAGAGGUUGCGUGAAGGGCUGCGGGAAAUGGCGGCGGCGGCGGCGCUGGGCCGUCUGCGGCUGCCCGGGCGCGGCGCGCUGGGCUGGCGGCCCGGCGCUGUGGCUCCUGUUCAGGCUCAGCUGCUCCACCAGACGCCGGCGGCCGAUCGUGCAGACAGCGCCGUGCAGGUCCAGAAGAGCUCUGCUGUGGCCCAGAAGAAGUCCUUUGUCCCCAGCAGCCGGGGCGAGUACAUUGUCACCAAGCUCGAUGACCUGGUCAACUGGGCCCGGCGGAGCUCCCUGUGGCCCAUGACCUUCGGGCUGGCCUGCUGUGCCGUGGAGAUGAUGCACAUGGCAGCCCCCCGCUACGACAUGGAUCGCUUCGGGGUCGUGUUCCGUGCCAGCCCCCGCCAGGCCGACGUCAUGAUCGUGGCAGGGACCCUCACCAACAAAAUGGCCCCGGCCCUGCGCAAGGUCUACGACCAGAUGCCCGAGCCUCGCUACGUGGUGUCCAUGGGGAGCUGUGCCAAUGGUGGAGGGUACUACCACUACUCCUACUCUGUGGUGAGGGGCUGCGACCGCAUCGUGCCCGUGGACAUCUACGUGCCAGGUUGCCCCCCUACAGCUGAGGCUUUGCUCUACGGGAUCCUGCAGCUCCAGAGGAAAAUCAAGCGGGAGAAGAGGAUUCAGAUCUGGUACAGGAAAUAGCCUUUAUUUAUGUCCCCUCCUGCCCCCGGGCACCGCUCACGUCACGCACAAAUCCGGGUCCUCACGCGCCUUCAAUAAACCUCUACCUGGUCGA